GCUAAUCCAGGGUUGAAUAGAGCCCGCCGCAGUUGAGGACCCCUCCAGAGAGCCCUCCAGAGGCCUCUGCGCAAAAUGUAGAUCUGGCAUGGUCUGGCAUAUUUAAGAGACGUAUAUAUGAGGGCUCGCUCGUGGAAUACAAACGUCCCCCAUCCGGUCGUUCAUCCAUGCAUGCGAACUUGAUCAACCGUAAAUCGUACACGCUUGGCAACGCUUUAGGACCGGGACAGAAUCCCAUCACAUUGGUACCUACCAAUUCACAGUGCGUUGAGACGGGUAACCCAGGAGGCUUGGUCGACUCAUCACAUGGCAUUGUCGAGUACUACCCGAGCCCAGUUAGUACGGCAUGUACCCAAGCUCCUAGUACCCAUGCUAGUAGUUUCAAUUCCGGAGAGCAGCUUGAACAGCAUUCUAACACGUCGUACAUGGUUGGCGGCAUCUCUAGAGAUGUAGCGUGGGGACCAUCGCAAAAAUGUGUCGCUACUGCUCAAAAUUUGGUACAGGAAGUGAACAGCAGGCACAAGGCAAACCCUGAUACAAGGUGCCCAAGUCAUGCAAAGAUUUAUGCCAAGUGCCCGCGAAUGCGCUGCCUCCGUGUUUCUGCAAACGGGACUCCGUGUUUGCGGAUGAUCACCUGUGCCACUGUCUCAGAGCACUUCGCUAGUCACGGUGUCAAGGGGAAGUCCCGCAGGGAAGAUAUUCCUUGCAAUUGGAUGAGGUGUCUCAAACUUCUUAAACGUCACAAUUUUGUGCGUCACAUCCGCGAGAAGCACCUCGGACACAUGAGGGGAUCGCCCUUACACAGCUUCCCUAAAGACGUAGGACAAAUGAGUCUGCCGAUCUUGGAUGUGAAUAGCAUCAACAGACAACACGUCGAAUCUGGCGCUCGUGUAUUCCCUUUAGAGGGAAAUUAAAGCUAUGGUUAAUCGUGUGCUGGUCAACGCGAUCUACAAGCUGCAGGUUCAGUACGAUGAAAUACUUAGGAUUCUGAUAGUGCUCCUUGCUCGAUGGAAGUUAGAUCGUGCCUAUAAACCAAUGUCUGUAGAGGUUCACAAUGCACAUUUUAAAUCGCGC